AAAAUAUUUUACACUUUGAACAGCUAUUUCUGCUCCUAUUCGAAGCGCAUGAUUUUCAGUUCCAGAAAAUUUUCAUCAGCCCAAUAAAUACAUUGGUUGUAUAAGUGUGUGAUUCUGAUGGGGCAUCAUGAGACGAAUUCUUCCAGUAGUAGGGACAGGUCUCCCUCUAAACAGAGGCACAGGCAUCGGUCUAAGGAGAGGGUUUUGGAUAGAGAAUUGUCAUCUGAAAAAAGAGAACGAAGGUCAGGAAGAGAUGUAAUUGAGCAUAGGUCUCCUAGGCCAAGACAUGAUUACUCCUAUUCGGCUUCAGAUCAUCAAAGAAUGGCUCAUCACAGACCCAGUUCAAAUUUUAGUGUUGACACAGAAAGACAAAAUGAGGUGUUCGACCCAACUGAUUCUGAAAACCGGAAGGACAGAGAUGUUAGCAUGGCUAAAAUGAAGGCAGAUGAAAAGGACCUGGAAGCUAAAGAGGAGCAAAUGGCAUUGUUAGAGAUGUCCGGAGAUCUUACUACAGAAUCUAAACAACUCACAGCAGAGGGAAGAAAGGAGGAAACCAACAUUUCACUGGAAUAUAGUAGUGACAUGAAGAAGGCAAGACUCCAUUCAACACUGGUUGCUCUCCUCAACGAUCCUGUGCUUGCUGAUAUACCAAAAAACCCAACUCUGACGGAUGUGGACACCCUUAUCAGCUUGGAACUUGGGAGUGCCAUGCGUAUCUCUGUCCUCAAAUUGGAUGGCAGCUCCUUUGAUGUGACAGUGAUGAAUUCCGCAACAGUUAAAGACUUGAAACAAGCUGUUCGGAAAAGGAUUGAUGACACCGAGCAAUCUAAGAUGGGUCAUCGGCACAUCUCUUGGAGGCAUGUCUGGUCAAAUUUUUGCCUUUUAUUCCACAAUGAGAAGUUACUAGAUGAUACUGCUAAACUUCAGGACUACGGCAUUAGGAACAAUGCUCAGGUGCAAUUCAUUCCCUAUGUCAUCUCGAGGGCCUUUAAGAGGCAUUCAAAGAGGAGAAAACAUAGAUUCUUUCAUGGACUAAGCAAAAAGGGUCGUACAACAGACUGAAUCAGGGAUUAUAUUGCUGCAUACAGAAACUACAGAACCAUGGUUGUAAUAGCAAAUGUGUUGCAAAGUUGAGGAGAAAAUCAAGCCUAGGCGCCUUUUGUUCUCUCACAUUAUGUUAAAUACUCAACUACCUAGCUUCGAGUUGAGCUUAAUGUAGUGAAAUGGCUAACAUACAUUCAUAUAGCCAAUCUCUACUCGUUGGUGUUGAGGUGUAUUUGUUGCCAUUGUUCAACUGUCUAGU